AACGAGUGCCUUCACAUACAUUAGGGGAUGGGUGACAGUAACGUGUGCGACGACGAGGCAGUCAGGUUUAACACAGCUAGAGAUUACGAUGUGGUGACGGACCAAGAUAAUGUUUAGGUAUAUUCUAAAGCGAUCAUCACCAUUUAGAGGUGCAGGAUUAAUCCUUGUGACAUUCGGGAUUGUUUUGAUUGUGAAGGGAUUAUAUUAUAGCAAUACUCAUAUGAGAAGUUAUGAUGUAGUUCAGAAGAAUGUCUCUAACUUACUCCUUGGUGACAUAAACAUUAGAGCACAGACAAAUUACACAUCAUCCACCACGAUAAGACAGGAACGACACGAUCCUAUCCUACCUGUUUGUGAAAUUGACCAUAAGGCUUUAAAAGGCCGUGAACAAAUCACAUUGACAUCUCAAUCAUUAAUUUCACUGGAGUCCAUGUUUCCUGAAAGUCAUGUUGGUGGGAGAUUCCAGCCUAAAGGGUGUAAACCCAAGUCCAGGAUAGCAAUUAUUAUACCAUUUAGAGAUCGAGAAAUCCAUUUGAAGAUUUAUCUUAGUAAUGUCAUACCAAAGCUGCGAAGACAAAAUGCUGAUUUUACGAUUUACGUUGUGGAACAGGCUCCGGGAUCUCAUUUCAAUCGAGGGAUGAUGCGGAAUGUUGGGUUUGUCGAAGCCAGUAAAAUAGCGGAUUACGAUUGUUUCAUUUUCAAUGAUGUCGACUCUAUAUUCGAGGACGACAGGAACAUAUUCCGGUGUGGAAGAGACAACAGCGUACGCCAUCUAGUGACAGGAGUGGAUGUUUUUGAUUAUAAAUUAAAGUAUUCAAUACUAGUUGGUGGCAUCAUAGCAUUUACACCCGCGCAGUUUAGGAAGGUAAACGGCUAUUCCAACUUUUAUUUUGACUGGGGUGCGGAAGAUGACGACAUCUAUUACAGAACCGAAAGAGAAAACAUGGUUAUAGAGCGACCAGAAAAAAAUUCAACUAUUGGAUUUAUGUCUACAUUGAAACAUACACGUGACCCAGAGGCUCAAUACAGAUUUAAUAUUCUGCACUCACGGACUAAUGAAACCUCACACAAUGAUGGAGUCAACUCGCUCAAAUACACAGUUAAGAUGGUUAGCCAUAAAAAACUUUUCACUUGGAUAUAUGUAUCAGUGGAUGAGGACGAAGUAUUGAAGGGUUUGGAUAUACGUAUCAGAAGGAAAAUAGCAGCUUAUAGAGCAAAAACAAAGAAAACGUGACUUUCAUUUAUAACAUAUACUUUCUCGGAAAUGAUGUGAGGAGCAUUGAUGUUUUCAUUUGUUUGAUUCAUAGAUCAACGAUCAACAAGCUCUUUUAUUUGUCUUCGGCACUGAUCAAUUCCCUCAUGAUUUGUAGCAGCGGACCGCGCUAGAAAACGACCGUAAUCGGGGCUAUUCGGAAUCUCCAGACGUUUUUGUUUUUAAUUUUAUUCUACAAAACAUCAGAUGUCAAGUAGAAUGAUAUCAAUAGAUUUUUUUUUUUUUUGGUUUUGCUGAUGUUUGAAUUUUUUUGUGUAUUAACUCAUAAUAUAUAACUAUAUUUCUACUACAAAAAGUGGGUGGUAUUCAACUCCCAAGGCAUAAUAUAACAAUAACAGAUGUUGAAUAUCUUUCAGUUUAUACCACACGUGGGAUACACUUUAAUAAACGUUAAAUGCGUUUUGAUUGGUUGGCAUGGUGAUCUUUUCUAAACACAUGUUUUGUUUAACUAACACUUGAAGGCCGUUUCAAGGAGUCCCGAUUAAGCUCGUGUUUUUCUGUAACUUUGAAAUACUAUAUACAACAGACACUCGUUGUGUAACCUUUAUUUAUUUACAAAAAAUAUGAAACAUGUUUUAUCAUUUUCAUUAUAUUUUGUUAGGCAUUCGGUAUAUGUAUCGUGCUCAUAGUUAACCUGUUUUAUCAAACUAAUGUUUGGGUGGGAUUUUUUUUGUUUUUUGUUUUUUUUUAUGCACGUGGGUUCACAUUGUAUUAUACAAUAUGCGGUAUGAACAUGACGUAUACACGUGAGCUCACGGUGUGUUACACGAUAUGUGGUAUGAACAUGACGUAUACACGUGAGAUCACGGUGUGUUACACGAUAUGUGGUAUGAACACGACGUAUACACGUGAGAUCACAGUGUGUUACACGAUAUGCGGUAUGAACAUGACGUAUACACGUGAGAUCACAGGGCGUUACACGAUAUGUGGUAUGAACAUGACGUAUACACGUGAUAUCAGAAUGUGUUACACGAUAUGCAGUGUGAAUACGACAUACACUAAUUGUAUGUAUGCAUGUGGUAUCAGAAUGUGUUACACGAUAUACAGUGUGAAUAUGAUGUAUGCGCGUGAGACCACAGGGCGUUACACGAUAUGGAGUGUGAACAUGACGUAUACAUGUGGUAUCAGAAUGUGUUACACGAUAUACGGUGUGAAUACGACAUACACUAAUUUUAUGUAUGCAUGUGGUAUCAGAAUGUGUUACUCGAUAUGCAGUGUGAAUACGACAUACACUAAUUUUAUGAAUGCAUGUGGUAUCAGAAUGUGUUACACGAUAUACGGUGUGAAUAUGAUGUAUGCGCGUGAGAUCACAGAGCGUUACACGGUGUGCGCAUGAUGUAUGUAUUUUAUCUAAUUAUUUUCAAUGUGAAGCUUGUCCUUACGCUUAAUCCCGUAAAGGACUAUGGGGCGUUUUUUUUAUAUGUGUCUUGUUAAUUGUUCAUCGUUUGACGCUUGUCGUUGCCUAAGUAAAUUCACUGUUGUGCAUCAUUGGGUUUUAUUGUUAAUCGUACAUUAAACUCAUUUUUUCUUCUUGAAAAUCGAA